AGCGACCUCAACGUCGUCGAUACCAGCGGUCAGACGCCGUUGCACCUGGCAGCCGCAGCUGGACAUGAUGCUGUUGUGCAGAUGCUGUUGGACGCAGGUGCGGAUGUGCGAUUCAAAGCGGCGAACGGGUGGACAGCUUUGCAUAUGGCUGGGUGCGCUGGGCAUGGGCGUGUUGUUGCGCUGUUGCUGCAGCGAGGCGCCGAAGUAGACAGUCAG